GUACUGCACUUCUGGACAGCGAAAAAUUUAACGGGACUUUCUCCCAUCAGUAACUCAUUCUAAAUAGUACCGAGUGCCCCGGAGAGCUCAAAUUUCUCAAUACCACAAAAAAAAGUAUGGAAAUAGUGCACUAGCUGCAGUAACAAUCAGGCUUCGAACAGACAGAAUGGCUAAAGUUGCAAAGAUAAGUGUUAAGUGUGGAUGAUAAAGUUAAUGUGUUAAAACAAAUUUAGAGUGCAAAGAAGAAAUCUGAUGUGUGCCACGAAUUUGGCUUACAUAAUUCCGUAAUUCAUACCAUAUGGAAAAAAAUUGGACUGCAGAUCCGAGCCACUCUGGAGUGUAUUGAUAAAAUAUACACAAAUCAGCCUGAUUUCUGCUGGUAUCUGAAAAUGAAGUGUACAGCAUGUGGUGAGUCAACUAAUAAAUGGCAUGAUGUAAGCUUGUCAGAGACAGUAAUGGAUCGAACAGGACAUACCAACGUGCACUAUUCUGCCAAAUGCAAACUUUGUUUUAAAGAAAAUAAUCUAAGCAUCUUGGAGGAUUCAUUACAAGCAUAUACCAAAGCAGAGAAUGAGAAUUUUAAGACCAUAGUGGUGUUUGACUGCCGUGGCGUAGAGUUGGUAGACUUCGAUUUCAGGGGUGGCUGGAGUGCAGUUUCUGAAGAUAGUGGUCAUGUUUACAGUGAAGUAGACCUUAGUGAAAAAGAGUGGGUGGAGUGGGAUGAGAAAAUAAAACAGUCAGUUGGUAUAUACAAUGUUGAGCAUCAGUUUGUUCGCACAAAGUGAAAUGAACUUUGAACACUGCAGUUGUUAACCUCACAGUUCAUGUUGUUUGAUGUCUUUUAUAGACUGUGACGAUGGCUUUUGUAAUAAUGAUUAGUUACAGGAAUAAUUAAUUCAUUGGCCUGUGAUGGUGUUUUUUUUAUUACUGGAAAGAGUAAUGCAUAUUUAAACAGAAGAUGUCAUAUUAAAAGAUGAUGCACAAAUGAUGAACUCAUUUCUGAUUUUCACGGCGGUGAUUCUGUUCUUGAGGGUUUGGUGCCGUCUAGACUAAUGCACACAACAUCAAAACCCAGAAGUCCAGCGUCCUCAUCAAGACUCCAGAGGCAGGGGAAGAAGCAUCGCCUAGGACGUCUUGUACCUCGAUGGAUCUCUGUGAACACAAGCCCACAACACAGCAAUGUGUAUUAAGGUGUCUAGAUCCCGUUGAUAUCUUGCAACAUAUUCUCCAAAGACCUACGUCAACAUCACUUACCACAAACCUCAAUCAUCCAAGUGCUCACUCUCGAAUAUGUUACCUCCCAAAAACUCUGACAUAAUUUCUUGUUUCUUCCACCUGAGCUAUACUCUUAGCUCAAUAUAAUUUCAUGAUUUUAUGUAAUUUGUAAUAAAAUAAAGAAGACGUUGCUUACACAGGA